AUGGCCAGUGGAGCUGCCGAAGGCUUCUUCCGGUAUCUCUACGAUGGUUGUCUCUCCGGCGCCGACACAGGCAUAGAACGCCGCCCUUACCAUCGUAACUGCCGAUGUGCACUUCAUAAUAAAUCCAAAGAGUCUUGUCCUCAUGGGAUGCCUAAAUCUAAAAACGUUUCAUAUCCUAUUCGAAGGUCCUGGAGUGAAGGUUGUUUGGCCUUGGCUUUGGGUUCUGCUCCGGCUUCCUGCCAAUCCUCACCGUCUUCUUCUCCUUCUCUGCAAAUCGGAAGAUCGACUCAGCAAUUUGGAUUGUACAGCAACGGCGAUGAGCAACUUCAUUUAUCGAGAUCUUCAUCGUCAUCAAAGAUUUGA